AUGACUGGACGUAACGUCGACAUGCGGCACAUCGACCGCAAGGACAUCUACACGAACCUUGAGUCGCGCGUCCAGUACCUCCACAGCUUUCUUGAUUUCAGCAGCUGUACGCCAGGAACAAAGCUCCCACAACGAUGGAUGCAUCCCGGCGCCAAGUAUGUCGAGGCCCUCAUCCCUGCCGUCACCAAUAUUGUCUACCGCAAACUGCUCCAGUACGACAUCACGGCCCGCGCCUUCCAGCUCCGCUCCACCUCCUUCGACGGCCCCAUGGACGAGGUCCCCGACGAGAACUCCCCCCAGAUCCAGCACCGCAAGAUGUUUCUGCGCGCCUACCUGGCCAAACUCUGCACCGACCCGUCCCAGAUGGCCUUUUGGGAGUACCUCGACAAGGUCGGCAUGAUGCACGUCGGCCUCGGCCGUUCCCACCCGCUGCACAUCGAGUACGUCCACAUUGGCAUGACGCUGUCGUUGAUCCAGGAAGUGCUGACGGAGGCCAUCCUGGGCCACCCGCGGCUGUCCAUGCGCCGCAAGAUGGGCCUCGUGAAGGCGCUCGGCAAGGUCAUCUGGAUCCAAAACGACCUGUUUGCCAAGUGGUAUGUGCGCGACGGCGAGGAGUACACGGACGGCGUCGACUACAGCACACUGGUCGACAAGGAGGGCUACCUGCACGGCAAGAAGGUUCUGGUACAUAAAGAGGAAGAGGGUGAAGGGAGCAAGACCACAAGUAACUCCAGCACCAGCAGCGGGUCGACGGUCCCAGCCCCAUCCACACCAACGGCCGCAGCCGGCGUGUGUCCAUCCACCAGCAGCUCCAAGGACGUGGCCGACGUAGGGGUGUCGCCAACUGCGCCACCCCCGGCUGUUCGCUGUGAAAAGUAG